GGUUUUGAAAUCUAUCUUGAGUUGUGUGAUUAAUUAUUAUUUUAAAUGUUAAUUUAAAUGGCAGGUCUUUAUCCCCUAACUAUGAUGCUAAUGGGUCGUACGGGGAAUGGAAAAAGUGCAACUGGAAAUACUAUUCUUGGAAAGAAGACAUUUAUGUCAAAGAGAAGUUUUGAAGGCAUUACAAUUACUUCUGAGUUGAAAACAUGCAAACGGAUAGAUGGGCAAGUAAUAAAUGUCAUCGACACUCCCGGUCUAUUCGAUUUAUCCCAUGGAAUAGAACACUCCACGAGGGAAAUAAUGAAAUGUUUGGAAUUAGUAAAGGAAGGCAUUCAUGCUAUUCUGAUGGUUUUCUCAACGAAAAAUCGAUUCACUCAAGAAGAAGAAGCCACCUUCAAAACUCUACAAAAUUUAUUCGGAUCUAAGAUUGUGGAUUACACUAUUGUAGUCUUCACGGGAGGCGACGAAUUCGCUGACGACGACGACGACGACGACAAAGGCGGCACCUUUGACGAUUACUUGCUUGGUUGUCCUGUGGCUUUAAAGGAUAUUCUAGCCGCUUGCAAAGGACGGUAUGUACUUUUUGACAACAAAACGAGGAGUGGAACAAAGAAGACUGAACAAGUGAAUAAGCUUUUAGAUUUGGUGAAAGAAGUAAUAGACCAAAAUGGAGGGCAAUCCUUUACACAUAGCUUGUUUCUUACUAGCAAGUUUGAGGAAAAGGUAGAAGUAAUAAAAAGCACACUUGAGAAGCAAAUAGAAGAAGAAAGAGAAGCAAGGCGUAAAGCGGAACAAAGAUUUGAAGAGACGCGAAAACAAUAUGGGAAUGAUAUUAAAAAACUCUCUCAGAUGCAGCAGCAGUUGCUAGAGUUAUAUAGAAAACAACAAGAAUUGCUAGCAAGGCCACCUCCAAGUCAACCAAUUGCGCUGGUCUGUACGAUUGUUUGACUUGAAAUCAUACUGUUAUAAUAAAAUUAUGAAACUACGUGAAUAAGUAUAUAUUAUUGUGUGUGUACUAUUGCAUAAUAUAUGUGGUAAUAAUG